CGGAGGCGCUGAGUGCGUGCCGCGCCCUCGCCGGCCCUCGGGCCGCACUUUGGGCCCGAGAGGGAAAUGGGGGAGAAAGUUUCGGAGGUGCUGGAGCCAGUGCUCCGCGGCUGCAGCGGCCACGGUGCCCGGACUGCCGCCCCUGCGGCGGCUGCCGCGUCCUCGCCGGGAGCUUCCUCGGCCGAGUCCUCAUCGGGCUCAGAAACUCUGUCGGAGGAAGGGGAGCCCAGCUUCUCUCGCGAGCAGCCGCCGCCGCCGCCGCCGGGCGGCGCUCGGCCGCCCGCCGCGUGGGCUCCCGCGCGCUUGGUGCCCGAGCGUGGAGUCCCCGCGCCGCCGCCGCCGCCGCCGCCGCCGCCGCUGCCCGGAGGAGCCGCGCCCCCCGCGCCCCGGCGCAGCAGCGCGUCCCAGGAAGAGCAGGAUGAGGAGCUUGACCACAUACUAUCCCCUCCGCCCAUGCCAUUUCGGAAAUGCAGCAACCCAGACGUGGCUUCUGGCCCUGGAAAGUCGCUGAAGUUUAAAAGACAGCUGAGUGAGGAUGGAAGACAGCUGCGGCGAGGAAGCCUGGGGGGUGCUCUGACUGGGAGGUACCUCCUUCCAAACCCGGUGGCGGGGCAGGCCUGGGCAACCUCUGCAGAGACGUCCAACCUCGUGCGCAUGCGCAGCCAGGUCCUGGGCCAGUCAGCGCCCUUGCUCACGGCCAGCCUGGAAGGGCAGCCUCCGAAGAGCCAUUUCAACUCAGCCCGACAUCGCCAGAGACUAGUGGACCCAGCUGCUUCAAAAAAGGAGCUGAGUCUCCCCAGAAGAGGAAGUCUGAUAGAUUCCCAGAAGUGGAAUUGCUUGGUCAAACGUUGCCGAACCAGCAACCGGAAAAGCUUGAUAGGUAAUGGGCAGCCCCCAGCACUGCCUCGGCCUCACUCACCUCUCUCUGCUCAUGCAGGAAAUAGCCCUCAAGAUAGUCCAAGAAACUUCUCCCCCAGUGCCUCUGCGCAUUUUUCAUUUGCACGGAGGACUGAUGGACGCCGCUGGUCCUUGGCUUCUCUCCCCUCCUCUGGCUAUGGGACAAACACGCCCAGCUCCACGGUCUCUUCAUCCUGCUCCUCCCAGGAGAAGUUGCACCAGUUACCAUAUCAACCAACACCAGAUGAAUUACACUUCUUAUCAAAACAUUUUUGUACCACCGAAAGCAUCGCCACAGAGGGCAGAUGCAGGAAUACACCCAUGCGCCCCCGUUCCCGAAGUCUGAGCCCUGGACGCUCUCCCGCCUGCUGUGACCAUGAAAUAAUUAUGAUGAACCAUGUCUACAAGGAAAGAUUCCCAAAGGCUACAGCUCAGAUGGAAGAGCGCCUGAAGGAAAUAAUCACCAGCUACUCCCCGGACCACGUCCUCCCCCUCGCGGAUGGAGUGCUUAGUUUCACUCACCAUCAGAUUAUUGAACUGGCUCGUGAUUGCUUGGAUAAAUCCCACCAGGGUCUCAUCACCUCACGAUACUUCCUUGAAUUACAGCACAAAUUAGAUAAGUUGCUACAGGAGGCUCAUGAUCGUUCAGAAAGUGGAGAAUUGGCAUUUAUUAAACAGCUAGUUCGAAAGAUCCUAAUUGUUAUUGCCCGUCCUGCUCGGUUAUUAGAGUGCCUGGAAUUUGAUCCUGAAGAAUUUUACUACCUAUUGGAAGCAGCAGAAGGCCAUGCAAAAGAAGGACAGGGUAUUAAAACUGACAUUCCCAGGUACAUCAUUAGCCAGCUGGGUCUCAAUAAGGAUCCUCUGGAAGAAAUGGCUCAGCUGGGAAACUAUGAUAGUGGGACAGCAGAAACACCAGAAACAGACGAAUCAGUGAAAAGCUCUAAUGCUUCCCUGAAACUUCGAAGGAAACCUCGGGAAAGUGAUUUUGAGACGAUUAAAUUGAUUAGCAAUGGAGCCUAUGGGGCAGUCUAUUUUGUUCGGCAUAAGGAAUCGCGACAGAGGUUUGCCAUGAAGAAGAUUAAUAAACAGAACCUCAUCCUCCGAAACCAGAUCCAGCAGGCCUUUGUGGAACGGGAUAUCCUGACUUUUGCAGAAAACCCUUUUGUUGUCAGCAUGUAUUGCUCCUUUGAGACCAGGCGCCACUUGUGCAUGGUCAUGGAAUAUGUCGAAGGAGGUGACUGUGCUACCUUAAUGAAGAACAUGGGUCCUCUCCCUGUUGAUAUGGCCAGGAUGUACUUUGCUGAGACAGUCCUGGCCUUGGAAUAUCUACAUAAUUAUGGAAUUGUACAUAGGGAUUUGAAACCGGACAACUUGUUGGUCACCUCCAUGGGGCACAUAAAGCUGACAGAUUUUGGAUUAUCCAAGGUGGGACUAAUGAGCAUGACUACCAAUCUUUAUGAGGGUCAUAUUGAGAAGGAUGCUCGAGAGUUCCUGGACAAACAGGUCUGUGGCACACCUGAAUACAUUGCACCAGAAGUGAUUCUGAGGCAGGGCUAUGGGAAGCCGGUAGACUGGUGGGCCAUGGGGAUUAUCCUCUAUGAAUUUCUGGUUGGAUGCGUGCCAUUCUUUGGGGACACUCCAGAAGAGCUAUUUGGACAAGUCAUCAGUGAUGAGAUCAACUGGCCUGAAAAGGAUGAGGCGCCACCACCUGAUGCCCAGGAUCUGAUUACCUUGCUUCUCAGGCAGAAUCCCCUGGAGAGACUGGGAACAGGUGGUGCGUAUGAAGUCAAACAGCAUCGAUUCUUCCGUUCCUUAGACUGGAACAGUUUGCUACGACAGAAGGCAGAAUUCAUUCCCCAACUGGAAUCCGAAGAUGACACAAGUUAUUUUGAUACGCGGUCAGAGAAGUACCAUCAUAUGGAGACUGAGGAAGAAGAUGACACAAAUGACGAAGACUUUAAUGUGGAAAUAAGGCAGUUUUCCUCAUGUUCACACAGGUUUUCUAAAGUUUUCAGCAGUAUAGAUCGAGGUACUCAGAAUCCAGGAGAAGAGAAGGAAGACCCUGGGGACAAAACCAAAAGCACAACGUUGCCAUCCACGGAAACAUUAAGCUGGAGUGCAGAGUAUUCUGAAAUGCAACAGUUAUCCACAUCCAACUCUUCGGAAACUGAAAGCAACAGACAUAAACUCGGUUCUGGCCUGCUUCCCAAACUGGCUAUUUCAGCAGAGGCAGAACAAGAUGAGGCUGCUCCCCACCCCAGAGAGCUGCAUGAGGAGCGGGAAAAGCCAGCCCUCCCCCCUGCAGAGAGUGCUCAGGAGGAGCCCGAGGUCAGCACUCCGGCCAGCACCAUCAGCAGCUCCACCUUGUCAGUUGGCAGUUUUUCAGAGCACUUGGAUCAGAUAAAUGGACGAAGCGAGUGUGUGGACAGUACAGAUAAUUCCUCAAAGCCCUGCAGUGAACCCACUUCUCACAUGGCUCGGCAGCGAUUAGAAAGCACAGAGAAAAAGAAAAUCUCGGGGAAAGUCACAAAGUCCCUUUCUGCCAGUGCUCUGUCCCUCAUGAUCCCAGGAGAUAUGUUUGCUGUUUCUCCACUGGGAAGUCCGAUGUCUCCCCAUUCUCUGUCCUCGGACCCUUCUUCCUCAAGGGAUUCCUCUCCCAGCCGAGAUUCCUCAGGAGCUUCUGUCAGUCCACACCAGCCCGUUGUGAUCCACAGUUCAGGGAAGAACUAUGGUUUCACCAUCCGAGCCAUCCGGGUGUAUGUGGGAGACAGCGACAUUUACACAGUGCAUCACAUCGUUUGGAAUGUAGAAGAAGGAAGUCCAGCUUGCCAGGCAGGACUGAAGGCUGGGGAUCUGAUCACACACAUCAAUGGAGAACCGGUGCAUGGACUCGUCCACACAGAAGUUAUAGAGCUCCUGCUAAAGAGUGUAAAUAAGGUGUCGAUCACGACCACCCCAUUUGAGAACACAUCAAUCAAAACGGGGCCAGCCAGGAGAAACAGCUAUAAGAGCCGGAUGGUAAGGCGGAGCAAGAAAUCCAAGAAGAAGGAAAGUCUGGAAAGGAGAAGAUCCCUUUUCAAAAAACUAGCCAAGCAGCCUUCUCCUUUACUCCACACCAGCCGAAGUUUCUCCUGCUUGAACAGAUCCCUGUCAUCAGGGGAGAGCCUCCCGGGGUCACCCACUCACAGCUUGUCUCCCCGAUCCCCUACUCCCAGCUACCGCUCCACCCCCGACUUCCCAUCCGGUACUAACUCCUCCCAGAGCAGCUCCCCAAGCUCUAGUGCCCCCAACUCCCCAGCGGGGUCAGGACACAUCCGGCCCAGCACUCUCCAUGGCCUGGCCCCCAAACUCAGCGGGCAGCGAUACCGGUCAGGAAGACGUAAGUCAGCGGGCAGCAUCCCGCUCUCCCCACUGGCCCGGACGCCCUCUCCAACUCCACAGCCCACCUCCCCUCAGCGGUCACCGUCCCCUCUGUUGGGACAUUCACUUGGCAACUCCAAGAUUUCUCAAGCCUUUCCCAGCAAAAUGCACUCCCCCCCGACCAUCGUCAGACACAUCGUGAGGCCCAAGAGCGCAGAGCCCCCGCGGUCCCCGCUGCUCAAGCGCGUGCAGUCGGAGGAGAAGCUCUCUCCCUCCUACGGCAGUGACAAGAAGCACCUGUGCUCCCGCAAGCACAGCCUGGAGGUCACCCAGGAGGAGGUGCAGCGGGAACAGUCCCAGCGGGAGGUGACCUUGCAGAGCCUGGAGGAGAAUGUGUGCGACACGCCCGCCCUCAGCCGGGCCAGGCCCGUGGAGCAAGGCUGCCUGAAACGCCCUGUGUCCCGGAAGCUGGGCCGACAGGAGUCUGUGGACGAGCUGGACCGAGAGAAGCUGAAGGCCAAGGUGGUGGUGAAGAAACCCGACGGGCUCCCAGAGAAACAGGAAUCCCGCCAGAAACCCCAUGGACUUGGCAAUGAUGUGGAAAACAUCUCUGCUUUUAGGCUAGAAGAGAGAGAGAAGAAAAUCUAUCCAAAGGCUUCGGAAAGGUCAAAUCAUUUUGAAAACAAAGCAGCCGCGCAGGAGGCCCAGGCCCUGGGCAGCCUGCUGAAAGAUGCUCUCCACAAGCAGGCCGGUGUGCGGGCCAGGGAGGCUGUCACCUCGGAGGGGGCGGCAGCUCCCGGGGACCACAGCCAGGGCACCGGUGACCUCAAACGAGCCUCGGCUCACAGCACCCUCCAAGACGGUCUCUGUCACGCCACCCAGAGGCCCACCUCUGGGAAAGGUGACUACACGGAGAAGGCCCCGCAGGCCAAGGAGGGUCCCCGGUGUGAGAAGUUAGACAGCAAGCUGGCCAACAUCGAUUACCUCCGAAAGAAGAUGUCCCUUGAAGACAAAGAUGAUGGCCUCUGCCCUGUGCUCAAGCCCAAGAUGACACCUGGUGCCCAGGAGGGCCUGCCGGGGAGCGCGGGCCGACCAGCGGGGGGCCAGCAGGAGGCCCAGCCGGCCUCCGAGAGCCGCGCGCCAUUCAUCAGCAGCCACGUGGCUCAGCUCAGCACCGUCUCCUUUGUCCCUCUCAAGGCCCUUUCUGGCCGGGUGGACAGCGGAGCGGAGAAGCCGGGCUUGGCUGCUCCAGAGUCGCCUGUCCGGAAAAGCCCCUCCGAGUAUAAGCUGGAAGGGCGGUCUGUGUCAUGCCUGAAGCCCAUUGAGGGCACUUUGGACAUUGCUCUUCUGUCUGGACCGCAGGCCUCCAAGACGGAGCUGCUUUCACCAGAGCCUGCCCAGAGCCCCAGCCCAGGCAGUGACGUAGGGCCCCCUGUGCCACAGGCUCCCGCCGGCAGCGUGGGGAGGAAGGGUGAAACUGCGGCUCAGAGGGAGUCCUCCCCUGCCAGCUUCAAGGUGAGCAAAUCCUACCUGCUCGAGCCCCGGUUCCCACCACCCAGCCGGGGUCUGCAGGGCUCACCGGCGGCACCCCUGCCUGACCCAGAGCUGAAGCUGGACAGGAAGGUUUCCCAUGCAGCCAGGACCCCGUCGACCGUCGUGGAAAGCCAUCCCCAGCGGGGAGAGGGCAGCCCCAGCCAACAGCAAGACCGCAGCCCUGAUGUUAAGCUCCUUCCCCUCCUGGGGCAGAACCUCCAAGGUGCUGACCCGUCUAGAUUGCGCAGCCCGCUUCCACCUGAAGGUGCCCCCUUGAGGGAGAAGCUGAGCGGGAGGGAGUCGUCCGAAAGGGGCCCUUCCACAGCCAGAAGUGAGCGGUUGGCUUUGAGGGCCGACAUCCGCAGAGACCCCUCCAAGGAUCUGUAUCCACUAGAAGCUGCUAAAACCAGUGACAACUCCAAAACCCUCCCCGCUGUGGGGAGGACCCACCCAGAUGUCUCCACCCAGGCCCAGGCCUUGGAGAAAGCAUGCGGGCCCUGUGGGAACGCAAACCCCAAAGACGGCCGAGAUGAGGUGAGGCCACUGGCCAGAGAAGACCCCUCUUUGCACUCUGCAGCGGCUCCUUGUGAGAGGGAGCUGGGCAAGGGAAGAAGUGGCCCGGAAUCUAAGCUGGCAUCCGCUCCUGCCAGGUGGUCUCUGGAGCCAUCCGGGACAGAGAGUGAGAAGAGUGAAAAGCUCCCCGGUUUCCGAUCUGUGCAGAAAGAUGGUCCCAAGGAACCAGAAAGGAAAGAACAGCCCCUGCAGAAGCAUCUCACCAGUAGCUCUCAGCCCCUACCUACCACCAAAGAGCUCCCUGGCCUGGCCGCUCAGCCGCAUUACAUUCAACAAAGUUACCCUGCUGGCUCUCUGCCUGCGAGCAAGCCCUGCGCUACAGACUCAAGCCUGGGCCUCCAGGACCCUCCCAAGCCCGCUGCUGCGCUCUGUGAAGGCAGCAGCCACAAGCCCAGGUCUGGCCCCGACACAGACCCUCCAAAGUCUAAGCACCCGGACCGGCCCCUCUCCUCCCAGAAGCUGAGCGUUGAGGCUGUAGUGGGCAAAGACCCUGGUGCUCAGUCCCCCGGCAAAGAGGGGAAGGGCAGCAGUAAGGGUGUGUCAGAGAAGUUCCCUGCCCUCCCAGGUCCCCAGAACACAGCCCGUGAUGUGAUUGGCCAGGGAGCAAGUGGGCCCUCAGUCCCCCUACACACAGAAUGGGGUCCUCUAGACACCAAGCUGAGACCCACCAGCAGUGGGCAUCCCCCAGAGGCACUGGAGAAGCCCGCACAUCCACCACGGCAAGGACCCCAAGGGGCCAGUGAGUCGGUGGACCAGAAACUUCCCACUGUUGGGGAAAGGCAAAACCCAUCUCCAAAGGCCCCCAAACCAUCCACUGUGAAAGAUUAUCCCCCUCUGUGCAAACAGACAGACAGGAGCCUGAGUCCGCUGGCUGCCAGCGCUGACGCCGGGAAGUCUGAAGGCAAGAAAUGCACCGAAGCACUUUACUCCCCUGUGGACAGCGGGAAGCCGGGGGCCAGCCUUUCCCCGGCGCAAGGUGAGGCUGGGCCCAAGGGCACGGAGAGGCCGGCAGCAGCCGCCGGGAAGGGCUGGCCGGAGGCCAAGGGGAAAGGGCCCGAUUCCCAGAAGCCACUGACGGAGGCGGGCAAGCCCAGUGGCAUGAAACGGUCGCCCUCGGCCAUGGCGCAGAGCUCUUUCCGCUGCGCUGCCCUCCCCGAGAAGUCUCUGAGCUACUCCUCUGGCUUUCCCGAGGCCAGAUCAGUAGUUCCAGAGACUUCUACAACCUGCGGCGACACCUUCUCUGCCAAGGCCGGCAGGGCCACGGCUGAGCCCCCAGCCUCCAGCAGCAGGGACCAUCGGAAGCCCCUGCCUGCGGGGGAUGGCAGAACCCAAAUGACAAAGAGCGACUCCUUGCCAUCCUUCCGCAGCUCAGCCAUCACUCUGGAGUCCUAUCACCCCAACCCAGGCGUGGGGGAGGGCGCCAGCCACCGGGACAGGGCCCUCUCAGGAGCAGCCACCACGGGAGAAACCAAAGGGAAAGAGCCGGCCCCCGCCCAGCCAGCUCAGACUAAGAAGCAGAAUGUGGGCAGAGAGGCGACCAAGCUGUUCCCCACUCCAAGCACGGAGUGCCCCAUCGCCCUUCCUUCUGAGAAGGACUCCGGGGUGCGACAGAGGCGGGGGAAAGAGAGUUUGCGCAGCAGCCCACACAAAAAGGCCUUGUGAUGGGGCAGGCCCCCGGCGGGACUGGGGGACCCAGCCUGCGUGUGUAACUGCAUCUUGACUACCUUGGAAACCAGCACUGUGGGAACCCCCCCAGGCAGAGCCUGGAGCCUCACCGAAGAAGGGGGAGAGAAGAGACAGGAAAAGAAGGGACCUUCUUCCAAAUGCCUUCCCAAUUGGAACCGGUAAACUGUUACCAGAUAGUGUUUGUACAAAAAAAUAAAAAUAAAAAAACAAAAAAUCUUUUUGGUUGAGGUUGAGGGUUGAGGAAAACGAUUUUCUCUGUAAAUACCUAGCAAUGUGUUUGGUUUGGGGGAUAUAGAGUCGAUACUUUGCUGCUGAUGGCGUCAUUUACUACAACUUUUUUUUUUAAUAAGAUUUUUGCUCUACCACUGAUCAUAAUGCAGUAAUGAAGCAAAAUGGUUAAACCUGGGUAUAUAUGUAAAAGUAUAGAUACACCCAUAUUCGUGUAUAUACACAUCCACCCACGUGUUUUGGUCUGUGGUUGAAAAGAAUAUUUCAAGGCUACAUUUUUCUACGGUAAAACAUUCUAAGUCGAGUUGAAGGUGAAAGAAAGCCCAAAAUACACUAGAUUGUAAGCUUUCAUGUGUAUUUUUAACGAGUGAUUUUGAUAGUACUGUAUCUGGCUACCUAUACUUCCAGAUCUAAAGAACUACUGGAAUCACUGCAUUUGGAAUCCUCUUCCAUCAGAAAUGGCCACAACAGAUGGAGCUAGCCAUUUUCAUUUCAUGGUCAUCCUAAUAGCCAUUUGAUCCUGGGCCCAGCUGUCUGAAAGGCCAGUUGUCCUUGUCUGUGGGUGUGUAUGUCAGCUCCUCACCAUAGGUAGAGUGGGGGCUAUAAACACAUGUCGACUUAUUCCUGUUCUUUUGCUUUCCCUUUCUGUUCUCUCACUUUUCCUUUUCUUGCUCUUAAACUCAGGCCUUUAUGCUAUGAGUCACUAGUCUAAGAAGCACACAUUUUAUAGUAGUUCUGCACCAGCCCUGCUGUUGAACAUAAAGGAAAGUUGCUGGCCGCACACAAAUCUGCUAGUACUUAGGUUGAGUAAUAAGCAUCAGGCAUUGGAAGAGGUUUUAAAUUUGCUUUUUUGAGGAAAAGUCGGGGGAUGGGGUGGGGUUGUGGAUUUUGGCAUCAUAGCAUAUAUUUUAAGGAAUAAUCAGGACAUCAGAUACAUUUUAAUACAUAGCUGGGGCCUUAUGUUGUAGAUGAAGCUUGCUGUUUUUAGCAAGUUCCUGGGUUUCACAUUCAUUUCUGAUGCAUCAGGUAGCUCCAUACAUUUCAUAAUAUGAUCUCUUUAUUUGUAUGCAAAAAAAAUACUGUAUUAAUAAAGAGCAGCAUUUUUGUAACAAAAAGACUUGUUGGAGCUAUUUGGUGCUUGAAUGUGACUGUCCUUUUUACUUUUGCUAAGCCUUAUUUAAAUUUUGUAUACCAUGGAAUAUGUAGAAUUUGUCCAAUCAUUUUAGUGCUGAGGGGAUCUUUUUGUUUGUUUUUUGUUGCAGUUUUCCUUCCUGGUGGAUUGUUUUAUAUUGUAAGACAGCACUUGCUGACAUAAGUACUAAGGCACUAAGAGAAAAUACACACAGAUAAGUAUUUAUAAGAUGCUUGGGAUCCGUAGCAGGAUUUUUUGUUUUGUAAGAGAAAAAAAAAAAAUUACCAAGAAGAAAUACUAAUCCAGCACCCAACCCCCCUCGGGGAUGUCUUAGUAUCUUCAGGCUAUAAAAUUGUUCACCUAAGCACAGCUUCAUCUUACAGCCCUGUGGAUUAUAAAUCAUUCAGUGAGGCUGUAAACUCCGCUCCAAAAACAAAGGCGUAACUUAAACUGCUUGGUUGUCCUUCAUUGUAAAAUGAGUUGGCAAUGGCAAAAAAAAAAAAAAGAAAAAAGUCUCCUCCUUGCUCCGAAUUUUUUUCCCAUGAGGUUUUAGCCAUUCCCCAUCACUAUGUUGUGAAUUGUAGAAGAAACAAAUAUGUUGAAAGAUCUUGAAUGGGUUUCAAAAAUGGUCUCAACAUUUAUAAUUCAUACGUGCAUUUGGUGGUUGUCAUAACCCGAUCCUUUUGCACCCAGACAUCUAGACAGGCCUAUCGGGGAGGUAGUUUAUGGUUUACAGCCUUUGCUUUUUAACUGUCCACUUUCCUUUAAAGCACAACUAGCUGCUUGUUUACAAAUGAUAUUUUUUAAUGUAUAUUUUGUAUAGUGUAUUAUCAUUUUUGCCAAAUAUGUUUUUGCAUUUUGGAUGGCUACAGAGUACCUAAGGUUGCAUUCAUGUAAUACCUGUUUGUUAUUGUAAACCUCUCCAGUCAGCUGGUAGAAAUUCUCCUGUGUUCUAUUUGGUCGGUCUCCUGUGAUUGUAAGAUGUGCUCCUCGGUAGUAUUCCCAGCUGUAGAUUUACCAGCUUAAAAGUUUGUUAGGAUCUGUGCAAUAAAGUGUUUGCAGUCUUAUUUUCUCUAAGAAAUUCCCUAUGGAUGUCAUAAUUGUUGUAUAUUGAACAAAUAUUUAUACUUAUGCAGUUGCAUAACAUUGAAAUAAAAAUUUAGCAUGAAAAGAUAAUGACUUAAGUUUUUUCCCAUAUACACACAUACAUAGCAUCUCUAAAACAUUACUGAAUGUAACUCUCUCUUAUGGAAAAGAUGGUUUUCUGCAGAUUCCUUUUGGUGAGUGGAAUGGUUUGCUAAUUUUUUUAACCCACACCAACAUGUUCCAUUCUUUGAGAUUAAGUCUUCCUUUAACUCAUUCCUCUGUUUUCUACCAACCUUCUUCCUUUCCUGCAGAACUUACCAACUUUCACAUCAUGCUCACCAUUUUCCCUACCGUCUCAGGAAGAAGUGUCCUUUCUCCAUGACUCCACCUACUUCAAUUCUCCCAAAACCUUGCUCCGUCAAUUACCAUUGUGUUCUCUCAUCUUUCUUUUCCUCCCAUCCUGUCUCCUCCCUCAUAAUUAAAAAGCACUAAGACCAUCAGGAAGGAAGGAAACAACCUAACAUUUAUUGUCUGCCUACUAUAUGUGUACCCUUAGUACUGGGCAAGAUGCUUUUUAUCUGCCAUCUUCUUUGAGCCCCAACACGAGCCUCAAACCAGAUGGUGGUGGCAUCCCCAUUUUACUGAUGAGCAAAUAGGCCCAGACAGGCUAUGUGACUUACUUAACAUAUACCCUGUAAAGAGAGCUUGGAUUAGAGCGUGGAUUUUUCUGGUUCUAAAGCUCUUGACCUUUCUAAACAUUACCAGGUAUCAUGCAAUUGAAUUCAAGACCCAGGGCCCUCUGUGAAUGAUCUAAGCCAUCUCAUUUUCUAAGUUUACAUGCAAAAAAAUCAUAUGGUGCAAAAUUACAAACCUGAUGAUUGGCAGGAAACCAUGAGCCAAGCAAGCUAAUCGUUCUCUGUAAUAGGACUUCUUUAUUAGUCCUAAUUAAUUACUAAUUAAUCAGUAGGCAAUUUCCCCUCUAGAUUUUUCGUUCACAACACAAAUGUUACAUGAAAAAGUGUAGCUCUGUUAACUGCGGAAAUUUGCUUACUUCAGUAUAGGCCAGACAUUAAGGAAUUCAGUGGUAGGGCAGUUCACUCAAUUUAAUUUCCUUCCUGCCAGUAUGUUUUUAACACUUUCCACAAAGUCAUCAUUUUGUGUUAUUCCUCUUUCUUCCUACCUCCUACCCCAGUUAGUAUUGUAUGCGUCUCAUAUAUCUAGGAAAGCUGGAAAUGACCACAGCUUUGUUGAACCUUGGUUUUAUUACUUUCUGUAUACUAAACGUCAGUCACUUGGCCCAGGUUCAGGGCCUGAGGUGUGUAGCAGUUCAGACACCUCAGACCCUGUACUGGAAGCAUUAGCACCGUUCGUCAUAAAAAACAUACAGCAGCGUCGCCUGGAUUCCUGAGAAUCCAAAAGACAAGGUCACCGUCUCUUAUCACAGGCUGCCGGUGGGACUGUCAAGCCCAAUACUUGGAUGCAGGCAAUAAAAGAAUCUUCUACCAAGACGGACUGAACAUCGAGUCUGUUCAGAUGUGGGGAAAAGGAAGAUCUGUUGCAUAUGGUUACUGGGAAUUGCUCCACGCAGCUUUACAGAAAGUCUGUUAAUAUUGUAAAGCUGACAGACUCUAACAAAGUCAUCUGAUGUUUCACUGAAGCACUGCCCGGAGGGGGCUGUCAGAACCUGGAGGUGAAGGAUGAAGUUAUUUACAAGGCCUAAAGCAAGCAUGUUGCUUUAGGCUACUGAGCCUUCGUAUGUCAGCUGGCGCCUCCAUAUCCUCCAGCCCUAACCUGUCUAAAUAAAAAUCUUUUGCCUGAAAGUUCUGUCCCUUUGGCAUACAUAUGCUGUGUGAAGCAGUACUGGGCUGAAGUGGCUUUCCUCGGCUGGAGGCAGUCCUUUGUAGGGACAGAGGGUAGUUCCUGUGGACGGCCUCCCACACCCAUCAGUUCAGUGCUACCCAGUAAUGCGAGUCCUAGCUCCUCAGCCUAUUACCCCUUUCAAGUGGAGAUCCUUGGAACAACUAUGGCCCCCCUCUGUCCUCAAGGAAAAGGAAAGAGCAACCCAGGAAGCUUGGGCUCGAGCAUUUGCAUUUGAAAUCACAAAGCCUUAGGAAAAGGCUGCUCCUUUCUCAGUACUAUCUGUAAAUUCUCACUACCUCUUUAUUCUUGUGCCUUUGUGAAAACAAAAAAAUCUUUAAAAAGAAAAAGUCUGAUUUUUUUCUUUAUUGCACAAUACAUGAUCAAUUGAAGGCAAAUUAAAAAUACAGAAAAGCAAAAAAACCAGUUUGAAUCACUGCAAUUCCCCAGCCACUUUCAUUCUUCAAUCUAUAUGGAUUUUUAUGUUACUAAAAAAAAAAAAAAAAAAAUAGUGGGCAUGACGUUUCGUAACCUCUUUUGCUUAGUAUGAAAUCAAAAAUGUAUUUCAAUGUCUAUAAAUAUACUCCUGCACUAUUAUUUAUAAUGGCCGCAUGGCAUUUCAGGUUAAGGACAUGCUGCAUUAUUUUCUCUCACGCGCACGUUCACAAGUAGAGAAGCUCAGAUGCAGAUGUUUGAGGUCAUCCUACUCUUCAGUUCUUGGCUCAUCAACCUUGGCGCCAAGGUUCAUGAAACUUAUCCCUACACUCCCAUCCAGCCUCCUCUCCUACCCCACAGGCAACUUUGUUAAUGGUUUGGUUUUGUGUUCUUAAAAAACAUAGGUAUCAUUGUUCUGUAUACAUAUAUUGUUAAUUGAUAAAAAUCAUGUUAAUAUGUCAUUUGGGUUUUUUUCUUUUCCAUCAAGCUCUAUCUGUUGGUUCACAAAAUGACUCUCAUACAUAGAGGACAAGGAGAGACCAAAGAAAGAGGCAGUCACUCCAGAGUGGUAAGUGGCGGGUUUAAUAAGCAAGGGAACUUACAUAUGAGGCUUAUCUUGGGCUGCCACAACACGAGGAGAUCUCCGCAUCCACCUGCCAGUAUCUUAAAAGUUGAUAUAGAAACCUUACCGGGGUUCAGUUUUGUAUACCGUGCAGAUGGUCUCAGCAACACCUGGCUCUCUCAAGGCUGCAUCCUGGAAAAUGGCUCCCACUGUGGGAACACCACACAUGCUUUACAAGGCCAGGGGAGGAGAUGCGGAGACUCCAAUUGCCCAGGUCCAGCUUUCGGCUCAAGUGGCGAUCAUGUCCUCUCCAUGACCUCCUCCAACACUGUAUGCUUAAGAUUCAACUACCUUGCUGUAGCUGUAUCUAAUCCAUCACUUCUGGCUACCGUAUGAUACCCCAUGGUGUGCGUCUUAUACGUUUUACCUGCCCAUUUUCCUAGUGAUGAGGUCUCAAAUUGCUUUGAACUUCCCCCUCCAUAAAUAACGCUGUACUGCAUAUUGUUGUGGAAUUGUGAAAUUUUGUGAUACACACCCAGCUCGGGAUUGGUGGGUCACAUAUUUAAUUUGAUGAAUUUUUGCCUCACGGCCCUAGAAUAGCUGUACCAGUCUACACCCAUAAGCAGUGCAUUGCAGUUCCUAUAACCCUACAUCCCACCUACACUAUUAUCCAGCUUCCUCUUUU